CUCGCAGGGAGCGCGCCUAGGUGGCAGUCAUGGACGGAGCCGGCGCGGGAUUCCGGAAGGAGCUGGUGAGCAAACUGCUCCACCUGCACUUUAAAGACCACAAGACCAAAGUCAGUGGGGACGCACUGCAACUCAUGGUGGAGCUACUGAAGAUCUUUGUCGUGGAAGCAGCCGUUCGCGGGGUCCGGCAGGCCCAGGCAGAGGACGUGGGGCUGGUAGACGUGGACCAGCUGGAGAAGGUGCUCCCUCAACUGCUCCUGGACUUCUAGGGGCCUCUGUAGCCUCUGGUCUGACAGGGAAGGACUCAGCCUGGUGACCACCCAACGUCCAAGAUGCCAGCCUCUAGGAUGGCCACCGCCACAGCCUGCUGCUGCUGUACCAGCCCUCACCCCAAGCCCCAAGCCACGCCUGGGAAGGUGCAGGCCGACCCCCGGGGCACCGCCCAUGGGAGACAGCCCCAGGCAGGGCCUGGGGUGGAGGCAUUGGGUGGGGCUGCUGGCAGCAUGGCCCUCUCCUCCCACUCCUGCCACCUCUUGGAGGGUGCUUCCCCGCACCCUCAAUAAAUCAAAGCUGUCUCUCCAGG